AUGUCGGACCCAAUGACAUAUUCCUUUUACGGAACUACCAUUCCGGCCUUGAAAAAAGUUACGCAAAGUGCAAUCAGCAUAUUGACGUCCGCAAAGACGGAACUCUCCACCGCAGCCAAUGGCACCCUCCCAACAGAGCUAGAAGUCCUCGACUCACACUUUGGCACCAUGCUUCCUUUCCGAAUGCAACCCAUUUUCAUGGCGAAAUUUGCAAGCCUCGCACUGGAUGACACCAAACUCACUGGCUCCGUCGCAUUCCCACCCAUGAUCCCAUCGUUCACCUCGUUUGACGAGGUCAUCGAUUUUUGCAAAAAGGUGGGAGCUGCCCUGGAUGCCAUUGAUGAAAAAGCAUUCAACGCCAGCGCGGAGAAGAGUUGCAGCAUCUUCCUCGAUGGCCCAAACAAGACACUCAACCUGACCGGUCUUGCCGACUAUUUCCACAGCUUCGUCAUGCCGAACAGCUACUUCCAUGUCAGCGCUAUGUACAUGCUGCUUAGGAGCAAGGGUUUCAGCUUGGGAAAGACCGUUUACAUUGGCUCAUGGAUGUCCCCGCAAUUGGUGCAAGAUUUUGCGCCCCUCAGAGGAUAG